AUGAAAGAUCAACGAGACACUGGACCUACUCCUGCGCUGGCAGUUCACACACGGUCUGGCUCAAGCUCUGGUUCAGAGCGACUGCUCAUCCGUGCAAUCAAACGGUUGCACCUGACGAAUGUGGUGCGCAUCUCAGACACCCAACGACCAAGCAAUCGCCCAAGUCUAGCGGCGCGCUUACCAGACGAGAUCUUAAUAUCCAUCUUUCGAAAUCUUCAGAGGGCCCAUGUCGAUUCUGGAUUCGUCCUCUCGGGCUCCCAAGAACCAAAGGAUGUUUUGCGCGCCACCCGCCUCGUCUGUAAGGCGUGGUACCCAGCCGCGACCGCAAUCUUCUUUGAACGCGUGCAAUUAUUCGAGUGUAGGGAAAUUGAGUUGUUCCUCGAACUCUUGAAAGAUCCAGAUGCGGUACACGUACGUUCGCUCGUGCGUACCCUCAUCGUCCCCUCGCGCGUGGGGAAUCGUAUGCCGAGUUGUCUACGACGCGAUUUGGCAAAAAUGGUCAAUAUGCUGGAGGAUUUGAGGAUACUGGACUUUACGUGCCCGGUUGCGGUGUUUGGCAACGUGGAUGAGCGCAAGCAAACGGUGGAUUACGCGGCUGAAGAGAGGCCAUUUGUGCUACCCAUCGCACAGGGAAAACACGCAAACCUGACGUCGUUGAGCAUCCACUCGGACGUAUACAACCCCAGCACAUUUCCUUACCUCCUCACGCACGCCUUUCCCCGCUUGGAGCAUCUGGCGCUCGAUGAUUUUUGGCUCGCAUACGAUGUUUCGCCACUCACUACCCCACCACUUACGCGCCUCAAACACUUUGAAUUCUCGCGUGGGAGUUCGGUGUGGAGGCUUGACGAGUGGUUACUCGCGUGUCCCAUGUUGCAAAAGGUUACUUUGCGCGGGACGGACAUCUGCUCGAGUCCCCUCUCACCUCCACUGAAACUUUUUACCGAGGAGACAAGUCUCAAGACGCUCGAAUUGAUCGAGAUGAACAUUGCAUGGGAUGCAGAGACGCAGUUAUUCCAAUGGCUGGAUGAGUGUCCCUCGAUCGAAGAGUUGACGCUGGAUGUCUCGAUGGACGAAAAGCUUACCACGCCUCUUAGCCACACCAGAAAAAAGGUUACUCUUCGAUGGGGCCAGACGGAUCUACCCGACAAUAUUCGGGGUCAAAUUGACCAACUCAUCCGAUUUUUCCCUGCAUAUGAGCACGAGAUGAUGUUCUGUUGUAAGCAUCAUCCUGGGCCGGCCCUCUUGGACGACCAGAAGAUCUGGCAAAAUUAUACAAUGCAGCAUGAAGUCUGUGAGUGUGAUGAUACGAAGAAGGGUUCGUUUUGGAAGAGACAUCUUCUAUAUCCACUCGCACUAAAGGCAGGACCCGUCGUCAGAAAAUGCUUGACAAAAGACGAGUAUGAUAUGCUUCUCUGGCAACUUCCCAUCUUGAAGUACAUCUGGUAA